GUGCCCGGUCUGUUGUCGACUCGACACUUGUGUUAUUAACUUAAGACGUUUUGUUUAAUUGUUGCGAAUUUUUUUGUGAUUGUUUAUUUUAUUUUUAUUGUUUAAUUAAACUACGCAAAAAUAUCUAAACCGUGGAAUUUCCUGUGAUUAUCACGCCUAGCUGAUGAUAGCAAUGAAAAACCGGCUGCGCGUAACGGACUCGGUCUUAGGAUUCGAAUAACCACAGAAUUAUAAAUUAAAAAUUAAUUUUUUAUUUUUACUAUCACGCACAACAAAAUCUAUUAUCUAAGAUCUGGUCUCAGUGCCCCCACAUACAAAAUAAGACCAGCUUACACUCGACAGAGUAGAGGUUUUCAUCGACAUCGACAUCAGGAUCUCGAUCGACGAGGUUGACGUUGACGACACUCUCCUCGUCCUUCCUUUCGCGCGAUAACGCCUUUACUUGCGCGGUAUGUUUCUAUAUACUGCGUACUCCACACUGGUGUGCUGACUACACCACUAGCUAUUGCUAUUGCUAUAUAAUAUAAUACUACUGUAUACACACCAAGUAGAGGAGCUUCAUAUCCAAUUACACGCGCGAGUGAUGAAUAAGCUGAAGUAGUGACUCGAGAGACGAGUCAAGAGAAACAACUUUUGUUAGUCGAACGUGAAUAUUUUUUUUUAACUAAAAAUAUAUUAGCCCAAUAAUGCCUGCGCUGCAUCUUUUCGGUCGCAAAUGGCUUGCAGCUACUGAUGAUCUUGUUUAUCCUGGCCUCUUUGAAAUAUUUAUCCGUGUAGUUUGGUUCGUUUUGAUAGGCAUCGCAUGUCUGAGAUAUUAUGGAGAAACUUGGCAGUGCAAAGUGGGUGGCCAACUGGUCCGCGUUUUUUUUGGCGGCGAAUUAGUCAUACUUGGUGUUGUUACCAUUCUUGUGUUUGUUAUGGUUAAUCACAGCGCAAGGGGAUCGAUUGCCGAUACUUACGCACGGAGAUUCGUCGAACCGCUUUUGACAGUCAAGGUGCUGCUGCUACUUCCAGAAAUAGCUUGGAACAUACUGGGAACAAUGUGGGUCCUGGGCGACUACGUCGAUUGUACAAACGAGCGUUACACCAUAGCAGUAAUCGAAGCCCUGGUUUUCUUCGACUGGGUGUUGAUAGGACUGGCGCUUCUGGGUCUUGCUUUGGUGUUCGACCCCCUGGGGUCUCUCACUUACUCCGACAAAGUUAUCGAAGACUCAGUAGAGCACGGCAAAGUGUCUCGGAUCUGGCUUCGAAGGUUCAAGUUCUUCUGGUGGAUGCACAGAGAUGAGAGUGCCACCGAGACAUUCCAACAUGUUGCUGGACUCUUGAGUGCACUGUUCAGAGGAACAGAUUUGGUUCCAUCGGAUGUCGUUGCAGGGUGUAUUUUACUUCGGAUACGCCAAAAACGUGAAACGAUUGAAUUGCGUCGCUUAAAAGUUAUGGAUCGUCCUGAGUAUACAAUUGAUUCACGUAUAAUAUUUACCAACACACCAGCAUGGAUGUCAUUAGAAUGGGCGCAUCACUACAUGAAGCUCUCAAUAGCCUCUUACGGAUGGUUAUUUGUCUUGUACCAGAAUGCGUGUACAGGUUGCUGCAAAUUGAUCCGUCACAUGAGCUGCUGUAGUUGCUUAAGAAGACACCAGCCGAUUGUUCUCGACGACAAUUGCUGCCUCUGUAGUCUCGCUGGCGUUAAAUAUCUUUCGCAAUUGUCCCAAGACGACAUUCUGUUCGCAUCUUUUCGCAACCACUUGUGCGAAAUUCCAUUCUGCGUGGUCGCCGAUCACAAAACCGCAAGCGUCGUGAUAGUAAUCAGAGGUUCAUUGUCAUUGAGGGAUCUUAUUACUGACAUUGCCGCCGCCUCGGAUUCUUUCGAGCCCGAGGGUUUGCCUCCCGGUAGCAUGGCUCACCGUGGAAUGAUUAUAGGCGCGAAAGUUCUUCUGAAGCAACUGGACCAGUACAAGAUACUCGAGAAAGCAUUUGCGACAUACCCCAAUUACGGAUUGACUGUAACAGGUCACAGUCUCGGUGCUGGCCUUGCUGUUCUUCUGGCGUUACUUAUACGGCCACGUUAUCCCCAUUUGAAAGUUUACGCUUUUGCAACUCCAGCUGGUUUACUUUCGAGAGAAGCUGCUCGAGUUACUGAAGAUUUUGUGCUGACUGUCGGACUGGGUGAUGAUCUGGUGAUGCGGCUGAGUGUCGACAGUAUGGAAAACUUUCGAACCUCUUUACUGAUAACUUUGCAAGCUUGCAGGUUACCCAAAUAUCGAGUUGUGCUAAAUGGCUUUGGAUAUGCAUUAUUCGGAGUCCCAGAUCGAGAUUUACAUAGUACGUGGAGGAACGCUAAUACAAUAAAUUCAAUACCUGGACAGUUACCAUUGCUUGCUGGUGAAACUUCUAGUUUACGUCAAUCGGAAGCGAUGAUUUUAGAACGUGAUGUAACUAGAAGAAGAUAUUCAAAAGUGAGACUAUACAACGCUGGUCGUAUUCUUCACAUAGUCCGACUAAAAUCUCCUCCAGAUGAGAACAGUAGUGAUAGAAAAACAAAUAAAAAAGACCGCCAGUACGAGAUGCGUUGGGCGCAACCAGAAGAUUUUAUGGAGCUAUCGGUGAUGCCGAGGAUGCUGCUGGACCACUUACCAGAAAACCUAGAACUAGCACUGAGCACUUUAUUAAAACAACAAGAAGACCUACCAGUCUACUUAGACUCGACGUAGAGCAAUUUAAAUCAUAAUUAUAAUUAUAAUAUAAAAUAUAGAAGUAAGAUUAAUUUAUAUAUCAUAAACUUACAUUCCACACACAUCUUUUGUACAAUUAAUUUUAUUUAAAUAAACUUAAUUUUGUAAUAAACGCUGAUAAUUAUAAAAUA